CAAAUGGAUGUGACUACCCUACACUGCUGUACAAGCAGUAGCGUUAGUUGUGCACAAUUUUGUAAGUGCGGCAUUAACGUUUUGCGAUCUGUUGUUGACACACAGUCUCUAAGUUUCGAGGCCUAUAGUUCGUGGCAUUCCUUCCCGUGAAGCCACACCAUCAGACCACAGGCAUGAAGUUUGAUAACAUUUUAGUGGAAGUAGGCAUUUUCGGACGGUAUCAGAUAGUGUUGUGUCUACUGAUUGCUUUAACAGGAAUUCCUUCAGCAUGGCAUGCUAUUGGCCAAGUGUUUCUGGCGGCCAAGACAGACCAUUGGUGUGCGGUUCCUGAAAGUCAGUCUCUAAACUGUAGCUCGCUAGAGUCGGAUUGUCUGGAGUUGCAAAAGGAGUUGACUCUACCGUUCACUGUCGACGAGGAUGGGAACACGGUGUAUUCGGAAUGCGAGCGGUACCUCAAUGCUCGGAGUAGUCCGGAGCAAGGUGUCUCCAAUUUGACGGACGGUCAGGAUGAUGGGUGGACCAAUGAAACCAUCGAGUGCGAUGCAGGGUGGGAGUACGAUCGAUCCCAGUAUAAGACUACGAUCAUUCAAGAUUUCGACCUCGUCUGCUCCAAACAAACUCUUCCUAGUUUGGCGCAGUCUGUCUACUUCGCUGGGUUACUCUUCGGAUCUUUGUUUUGGGGAAUCGUUGCAGACUGGGCUGGCAGGAAACCUGCUUUCUUCCUCAGUCUUUGCGUUGCUGUUGCAGCCACUACUGCUGCGGCAUUUGUCCAAAACAUAGCAUUCUACACAGCGUUGCGGUUCUUCAUUGCUGCUGGGAAUUUUGGCGUGUAUCUGAUGGCCUUUAUCAUUGUUACGGAGAUCGUUGGGCCAGCUUACCGGACCAUGGUGGGGACGAUUCUAGCAAUGUUGUUCUCUAUAGGGUACGUUCUGUUGGCGGUCAUGGCGUACAGUCUACGCGAAUGGCGCCAUCUUCAAUUAGCCAUCUCCAUACCAACCUUUAUCUUCUUCGCUUUUUUCUUCUUUUUGCCAGAGUCUCCACGUUGGUUGAUAUCAAAGAAGAAAUUCAAGCAAGCCGAGAAGAUCAUUAAGUCCAUUGCAAAGGUGAACAAGAAAUCGGUGCCGGAGAACAUGUUCGUCGAAGAGGAUACCAUACAGGAAAAGGAAACUAAUAAUAUUUUGACUCGUCAGCCAACUCAGAUUGACCUUUUCAGAACUCCUAACAUGCGCAAGAAAACCCUCAAUAUCUUCUUCAACUGGUUUGUGAAUAGUCUGGUUUACUAUGGACUCUCCUUGAGCACAUCAGAUCUAGGUGUUGAUGACUACGUGGCGGCUUUUAUAUCUGGAGCAGUGGAGUUACCAGCCUAUUUGUCCAGCUGGUUUACUAUACAACGUUGGGGGCGCCGUCUCCCCUUGGCACUGUAUCUGGCAACUGGGGGCGUGGCUUGCCUAACUACUAUAUUUAUUGAGCCGGGUGUAGCCAGGGCGGCAGUUGCUAUGUUAGGGAAAUUCGCCAUUUCCGGUUCCUUCAACGUCAUCUACAUUUAUUCGGUGGAAUUGUAUCCUACACCCGUUAGGAGCAUGGGUAUGGGAAUGUCGUCCAUGUUUGCCCGUAUCAGCGGCAUCAUCGCCCCGGUCAUCCUCAUCCUAGGAAACUUCUGGAAACCAUUGCCUCUAAUUGUCUUCGGAGGUUGUUCCUUACUCGCCGGAGUCUUGGCUCUACUUCUGCCUGAGACUCUCAACCAAGACUUGCCGGAGACUAUCCAGGAAGGAGAAGACUACGGAAAGGGUCAAGGCUUCGGACUGAAAACCCUCUUCAAGAAACCGUCUGCACCCGAGGUAAACGACGCAGACAACACAAAUCAAAACUAUAAGAAGAUUCCGACAGACGAGAAGAAAGAUACCAAUGUGUCCGAAGUGGUUUAAAUUGAGGUUCAAAUGUAUAAUGGUUUCGGGAACUUGUUCAUUUUUUAACAGUUAGAAGGGGUAAGAACUAAAUGGCGUUUAGAUAGCUAUAGUGUUUUGGCAGUGUUGGCAGCCAGCUAGAAAGUACACGCAAUCUUACCAUGACCACGCGUCGUUUUGCCCGGCGAAACAUGACGUGUACAGUGUUUGGUCAACAGAGGGCGAUUUGAAUGUAAACAUCGGGGACACAUCGUCUAAAGCUUAUCAAUGGUGGCCAUUGCCUCUAAACUGAGAAGGGGUGGACGCGGAACAGACUAUCCAUGUUUUGCCUACAUCUGGUUUCAGUGAUAUCGGGAAACUAUGCCAGUACGGUAUGAAGACCCUUCAUGGGGACAUUGUGUUAUUGCACGAACUUUAGAAUUAAUUAGACAAAAGUUAUCUCUUGGCCUACUUUUGCAGGGUGACACCCAGUUAUAUGCAAACAAUUUCAAUUUCUUACAUUUGAAACUUUUUUACCAUUGUUACAUUGUUUAAAGUUAUCCUAAAGUUUAAACUAACAAAAUUAAUCAUCACUUAAACUGUCUGUAUUCUAACCGUGGAGACUUGAGAUGAAUAUACUAUACAAUGAUUUUGUUCAUUAUCGUUGAUUAAUAAAAAAAAAAAAA